AUCCAACAGACUCCCAUUCAGAGCGACACACAGAAGUAUCCAGGGUCAAUGCCCUGCUCAAGGGCAUGUCGACAGAUCUCCCACAAGGCCAAACAUGGGGACCCAAACCCUCCAAGAUCCCCCACAGUUCCCCAAUAGCUGCCCCUCAACCAUCUGAGACCCCUUCCACAGUCCCCGCCCCCAAGAAAAAUAAAUAACAACAAAUAUUUGACAAAAAGCCCUAAAAACCCCCCACCAAUGCACCAACAACCAAGAAAAUUGACUAAAGAGAAAAAAUUAAAAGACAAAGGUAAACAGGAAACAACAAUGCAAAAAAAAACAAAGGACAUCAAGGACAACUACAAUCAUAACAGCAAGGCCAAAUGUAUAUGUUUGAGUGGAUGUCUGGCACUAUUUACGUGUGUGUGUGUGUAUGUGUGUAUUUGAAUGAGAGUAUGUGUAUACGCAUGUGGACAAACACCUGCACGGCAUCAGUCUCAGGCACACUGGCAUUAGCUGUAAAAACACUGCCCCUCAGUGUCAUUCAAACUGACUUUAUGAAUUAAGUUUUAUUUCAACUUUAUUUUUCAAACUUUUAUAUGAUGUUUUCUCAAUAAUACCAUUACCUAAUAACUGUGUGACAAUGCCGACUAAUACACCUGUUGACCUAGAAAUUGGUUUGACCUAGAAAGUCUGAUGGCAGAACAUAAAACAUCUUGAUAAACUGGCAAUGUUGAUCAAUCAUAUGAAUUUAGAUUCUCAGAUGACUAUAUUUUCUAAUCUAGACCAAUAUCAAAAACAAGGAAGUGGGGAAUGUGUUAUUCUGGCUGGCAUUCAUAAGAGCAUACAGGUAGUUCCUCCCAUUUUCAGUCCGUUUUCUAUACUAUAAAUAGGAAUAUCCUUUGAGGAUGUGUCCAUAACAUUAGUGCUUACUCCAAGUGAAACUAUGAAAUGGAGCUGCAGACAUGGCUCCUGAUGGUCUUUACGUGCUGCUAUGCUGUGCCAGAAGGUAAGACUGAAAUAUUGGAGAUGGCCCAAAAUACUAUCAUGAAUUGUUGAAUAAUUACAUGUGUUUCAGUAGUACUUACUGUAUUUACUAUACUAAUAGGAUUGCAAAAUUCCCUGUAAUUUUCCUAAGUUCUACACAUUUUCAAACACUAGAUUUAGAAAGUUUCCUCCCUUUGCAACUCUAAUAAUGAAUCUUAUUCUAAUCGUAACAGACAUGUUAGGGAAGCAAAUCAUUUCCCCAGUGAAGUCAAACACUGCCUAUGUCAAGAUAACCCCUGACAUGAACAAAAUCUUCUUUGCUGUGACUGUCUCCGUUCGAUUUUUCACCGACUACCAGACAAAGGAGCUGACCAUUUUCUCAUUGGCCACGCCUUCUCAUGCUGAUGGUUUUGUCAUCUUCAGGGGAGAUGGGGGAAAUUACAGGGUGUACAUUGGGGACCAAGGUAUCUAUUUCUGGGGAUUGCCAGACAAAAUGAACGAGUGGAACUCUGUUUGUGGGACGUGGGAUGCCAGUACAGGAUUGACUCAACUGUGGGUGAAUGGGAAGCCAAGUGCAAGGAAAGCGCUCCAAGCCGGCAGCUCCAUCUCUGGUACUCCCAGUAUUAUUUUAGGUCAGGACCAAGAUGCAUACAUUGGUGGGUUUGAUGUGUAUGACUCCUUUUACGGACAUGAGACUGAUGUCCACAUGUGGGACAGAGUGCUCUCCCCAUGUGAGAUCCAAAGCUACAUGAAGGGGGAGGUGUUAUCUCCAGGGAAUGUGGUAAACUGGAAUGCACUAAAAUACACAAGGCAUGACUAUGUGGUUGUUGAGAGGAUGCAGAACCUGACCUGUUAAACAUUUGACCUCAAGAAUCACAAACGGAUCAUUUCAAACCAUGCUUACUUUUGUAUACGAUCAUGUGUCUGUUAUGUGUGGGAAUAGUGUGGAACAGAUUUCCAAAAUUAAAAUCACUUGGAGCUGAUUUCCUGGUGGUUUUACAGUCUUUUAUGUCCAACAAUGAAAAUGAAAACAAGAAAAGUUUUGGGGGAGGAAUAAAACCACCCAGGGGCCAAAUUUGGCCUGUGUGCCACCAGCUGGGGAAACCUGCUAUAGGGGGUUGUAUCAAUUAUGUAUUAAAACACUAGAUUGUUGAUUAUAAAAUUUGAUUUGAUAUGUAUUGGCCAUUGAGAGACUUUAAAGCCACUGUCCCCCAUAUUGGUACUUCUCAGGAGCAGUCCUCCAUAGGAAUGAAUGGAAUGCUACAUUAUUUCAAUUUAAGGGCAAAAUUACAUAUAUUUAAGCAUUUAUUUGUUGUAGAGUGAACAGUAACAUUCGUAUUCUCAAAAAAAAUACUUGAAGGAAAAACUAUUUUUGUUUUGUUUGUUCAUAUAAUACAAUUUAAAAGUAUGCAUUGAGGUGUCUUAUGUAAUAUAAUUGACAAAGUGUUGGAGGGGUACAAAAAUGGUGACAGUCACUUCAAAAUAGCGCCCCCUGUCAGUCAUCUAGUGUUUAUAUGCACGAGUCGUGCACGUCAAGCAGUGUUCGGAAUAAAGAACCAAAAAGGAUGUAGCUGUGCCUGCCCACUUAUAAUUGUUGAUAUCACAAUGCCAAAUUACUUUCUCAUUUUAAUAAAAUCUCAAUUGUAA